UCCAAUAAGAUAAAAGCGUACUCACCACGUGUUCACGCAUGUCUCUUGUGUAGACGGGGGCACGACAGAGACAGAUAUAUAUAUAUCUGCACUCUGGUGUUUACACUCUUUUGCUGCCUUAGUCAGCGAUAUAGGAGAUAGUAUAUAUAUGAUUUAUUUAUUAAUUAAAUACUUUCACGUUGAAUAAUUAAUGAAUUAAAGGAAUUAAAACAGUUAAAAUAAUACUUGAACUAAAAGAAGUUACUUUUUUCCGAAUCGUCUUUAUACUUGCGGGAACCAUAACUGUAUCAAUGGAUCCAGUGUAAGCUAACAGCGUAUUCAACUCGUCGGUUUCAAAAGUGUCCAAUACUUCUUCGAGAGUGACGUAUCCCGCCAUGCAUUUUUCUUUAAUCAUCGCUAAAAAGAAGAAAAACCAUGCCAGGAGAAGAAAGCACGAUCCAUCAACUGUUAUGCGAAUUCUUCGAAGUAAUCAUCCACAACAUCUUAUAUAGACGACACGUUUACCCAAAAUCGAUAUUUAUUAAAACCAAAUCAUACGGAAUCCCAGCGUUUCAAUCGAUUCAUCCGCAAUUAAACGAAUACAUUUUAGAAACGUUAAAAGUGGUUUUAUUCCAUUUAAAAAAUAAAACCCUUAAAACGCUCAUUAUCACAAUCACAACCGGAAAAGUAUUUUUGGAACGAUACGUCAUCAAUCUCCUUGAAAUUAAAGAGUACGCAACGAACGAUUUAUAUCAAUCUUUGGAGGGCGUUUUUAAAAAGUUUUGUUUAAAAAUUGAAACUGCCAUCGAGAGUUUAAAUAAUGUUCCUAAGGAUCCCGGAUUUCUCAUUCAUUUAGAAGUUACCAAUCAUGGGAUGAUUGUUUUUAAUGAAUCACCAGAAUAUUCGCAUUUUCCUUGGUACAGCGACAACUUAAACGAUGAAUCAUCAGAAAUAAUCCCAAUAUAUAAUUUUGAAUCUGAAAAUAUAAAAUUGGAUAUGAUUGUGGAAAAAAAUGUUCUCGAUUUAAAUCAUCAUGAAUCUUUUAUAAGUUAGGAAAUUAUACACAAAAUUUGUAUGUACAAUCUUUUAAUCUCAUCAUAUAAAAUAUAAUGCUUAAUAUAAACAUAUAAUUGUAAACGCAAAAAAAUAAAUA